ACAGGAAGUGACGUUCCACCAGAAAAUGGCGAUCCCAAAGCCUAUGGAUGGCUGUGGUUUGUUAGCCAUCUGAUGUUGAAGCGACCCGGGACUCCGUCAGGCGGCUGACCGACGCCAUGGCAGCGGACCACCGCCGCCCGCUUCGCUCCUCACGGAUCUGACCCCGCAACUUCAUGCCCGGAGGAACGCCAGCGUCCUGGUCCAAGAGGGCUUUUUGUGGGGAUUCUCAGCGCCGAGGAACUUGGUGCUGCUUACCAUCUGCACUGCUCUGCCGCUGAUGAAGAGUGGAGGGUGGAUGGACUGGUGCCUCCUGAAGUCGACCGACGAUCUCCUUGGUCUUGUCGACGUUCAGGACCAGGUUGUGGGUUCUGCACCAGUCAACCAGAUGUUUGACCUCCUCCCUGUAGUCCAUCGGCGCGUGAGAAGCAGGGAAACACACACAGAGGAAAUGCCAGCGCUCCCUUAGAGCUCGGACAUCGGAAGCCGUGAGUUCACGCCCGAGCUCCAAAAGGUGAUCGCCGCUGGCAAAGGGACAUUGCAAGCAUCAGCCGGAAAGCCGGGGCACUGUCCUCUGAUUGGCUGGGACAACCCCCUUCUGACAUGCCCGUGGCCAAUCCCAGGUGUGAUAUGUCGGGGGUGGAUGUGGAGGUCUAUCUAUCCCAGGUGCACGAUGGGAGCGUGUCAUCGGGCUUCCGGGCUCUCUACGAGGAGCGUCUGCUGCUGGACGUCACGCUCACCAUCGACGAGCAUCACUUCCAGGCCCACAAGGCGCUUCUGGCCACCCAGAGCGACUACUUCCGGGUCAUGUUCACGGCCGACAUGAGGGAGCGGGACCAGGACAAGAUCCACAUGAAGGGUCUGACGGCGGCAGGUUUCGGGCACAUCCUGCGCUUCAUGUACUACGGCUCGCUGGAGCUCAGCAUGCCCACGGUGCAGGAGAUCUUACAGGCCGCCAUGUACGUGCAGCUGACGGAGGCGGUGGAGUUCUGCUGCUCCUUCCUGCUGGCCAAGAUCUGCCUGGAGAACUGCGCCGAGGUCAUGCGCCUCCUGGAGGACUUCAGCGUGGGGGUGGAGGGCGUCCAGGAGCAGCUGGACAACUUCCUGCUGGACAAUUUCGUUCCUCUCAUGAGCCGACCCGACUUCCUGUCCUACCUCAGCCUGGAGAGACUGCAGGCCUAUCUGAACAGCGACGGCCUGAGCCGCUACCCGGAGAUCGAGCUCUACGAGGCGGUCCAGUCGUGGCUGAGACACGACCGGCGGCGUUGGAGACACACGGACACCAUCGUGCAGUCCGUCCGCUUCUGCCUCAUGACCCCGGCCAACAUCUUCGAGAAGGUGAAGACCUCCGAGUUCUACCGGUAUUCCCGGCAGCUGCGGCAGGAAGUGGAGCAGGCCCUCAGCUACUUCCACGACGUCAACCAGCAGCCCCUGGCGGAGACGCGCUCCAACCGCAUCCGCUCGCUGCGCCCGCAGACGGCCGUCUUCCGGGGAAUGAUCGGCCACAGCAUGGUGAACAGUAAGAUCCUGCUGCUGCAGCGCCCCAAGGUGUGGUGGGAGCUGGAGGGCCCUCAGGUGCCGCUGCGGCCUGAUUGCCUGGCCAUCGUCAACAACUUCGCCUUCCUGCUGGGAGGGGAGGAGCUCGGGCCCGACGGAGAGUUCCACGCCUCGUCCAAAGUCUACCGCUACGACCCCCGCCAGAACUCCUGGCUGCGCAUGGCGGACAUGUCCGUGCCCAGGUCGGAGUUUGCCGUCGGCGUGAUCGGAAAGUUUAUCUACGCGGUGGCGGGCCGCACGCGGGAUGAGACCUUCUACUCCACGGAACGCUACGACAUCACCGAGGACCGCUGGGAGUUUGUGGACCCGUACCCGGUCAACAAGUACGGGCAUGAGGGCACGGUGCUCGGCGGGAAGCUCUACAUCACCGGCGGCAUCACGUCCUCGUCCACCUCCAAGCAGGUGUGCGUCUUCGACCCGGGGCGGGAGGCGGGCGGUGGGGGCGGGAGCUCGGACUCACAGAAGACGCGCGGCGGCCGCGGGCAGCUGCUGCCCGGCUCCCACGCCAGCUGCUGGGAGAACAAAUCCAAAAUGAACUACGCCCGCUGCUUCCACAAGAUGAUCUCUCACAACGGGAAGCUGUACGUGUUCGGCGGCGUGUGCGUGAUCCUGCGGGCGUCCUUCGAGUCGCAGGGCUGCCCGUCCACCGAGGUCUACGACCCCGACACGGACGAGUGGACCAUCCUGGCCUCCAUGCCCAUCGGGCGCAGCGGGCACGGCGUGGCCGUGCUGGAGCGCCAGAUCAUGGUGCUGGGCGGCCUGUGUUACAACGGCCACUACAGCGACUCCAUCCUCACCUUCGACCCCGACGAGAACAAGUGGAAGGAGGACGAGUAUCCCAGGAUGCCUUGCAAACUGGACGGUCUGCAGGUGUGCAGCCUGCACUUCCCAGAGUACGUGCUGGAGCACGUCCGACGCUGCAGCUGAGGUCCGCUCGCCAGGGGACCGCCCUCCUUUUUGGUUUUUAAAAGCGUCCUACAGACGAGAGGAGCCCUCCGCUCCCGUGACGGGAGUGCGGCCUCCACGCCGCCGGCGCGUGCUGCCGAGUCGUCAGGGUCCCGAACACUUUUAGCUUUUUUUUCUUUCUUUCCAAAAAGUCCAAAAAAGUUCCCGGUUCGGACUGGGCUCCAUUUUCUCUUCUCUGCUGUGGAAGCUCACCUUGGACCCGACAAUCCCAAGGCCUUGACAAAAAGUCCCCAACACGCGUGUAGAAGCCAUCAGCAGAACAACCUGACUCGUUUAGCGGAGUUUGGGCGAGCGCAGCUACUUUUGAUACUCUCCUCACGUGCACUAUUCCUACAACCCGGCCAAACACUACACUACUUGGAACAUUUGCAGACGUUUGGGCUUCCGACGCGUCCCGCUCGGACCAUUCGAAGUUUUUUUCUUCCACGAAGUCGACAUUCCUUGCCUCCUCCGUGUUUGUUUUCUGAUCUUCACGGGCAGUCGGUGUUUGCCCGCCAGCAGUCUCCUCAGCCCCGCCCGACUGGGUUUCUUUCUUUGUGCAAAGGGCUCAGCACACGUUGCCGGCUUUUUUUCAUGUUAUUUAUUUAGCAAGCUAUGCAGUAAGUGCGGCGGUUUAUUUAUUACUCGGACCGGGGGUUCGGCGGCUAAUGACAGGACGUACUUUUCUUUUGUUCGGACCGUGUUGGACUGACUAGUAGAUUGCCAUGAUGCCUCCUUCUCUUUGUUUUUUUUCCACUUUUGGGCCCAUCCUCAGAUUUAGGAAUAAAGAUAAUACUGUAUAAACAAAAAAAAAAAUCACUUUAAUUUAUCAGCUUUCAAGUGGUUUUGUAACCAUGGCGACGUCUCCGCACCAUGGAUCAGCUGUACAGGCUUCCUUUUCACAUUCACAUUUCAUCUUAUUUAUUUCAUGUAAGCUGCUGGCUCUCUGAUCAGGUUCUACAACAUUUCACAUUUAGUGUGUGUCUCCAAAGCGUUGUCACUACUGUUAUUUUCAUAACUAUGCACUUUUUUUUUUAAUCGAGUCAUUUUGUUUUAUUUUUUGUCUAACAUGCUAACUUGCUGUUUAAAAUGGCCACUGAAGUGUCAAAAUGCCUGUUUGAGGAAAGUAUGAAGUGUGUGUGUGUGUGAGGAUGUGUGUAUGUAUGUGUGUGUGUGUGUGUGUGUGUGUGUGUGUGUGUCACCCUUUCGUUUCACUGUCAAAGAAAUGUGAUCAAGUGUGACAUUGCCGAGUCGCAGCAUCCUUUAGUCUGUCAGUAUAGGCAAAAAAAAAAGAAAAGUAGGUAAUUACAAAAAAAACAACUUCUAUACACACAGUAUAUCCAUAUAUCUACAGUACAUUGCUACUAUGACUGCAACCAAAAACAGAAGGUAGAAUAAGAUGAACUUGUAAUCUGGGUAAAUCCUCUUUGGAAACUGUUUGUAACUUCUUUCCAGAAAUAAAUGUUUAAAUGGA